CAAAAGUUGAAAUAAUUACCCAAAUUCCCGCUUGCGCCUCCCAACACUGAGACAGUGUUGUGUCUGUGUACUGCGUAGGGUUUAGUGAGUCCAUUUGCAAAGAUGACUCGUGAGUUCUAAUCUAUCGACCUCUCUCGUUUUCUCGCAGUUGCAGAGUCUCAGCUCUUCUGCUACAGGAUUAUAUAAUAGGACAAAGAGAGAGAGACAACAUGCACUCUCUUAAGACUACUUGCGUUGGGCAAAUAUUUGCUCUAGCUAAGCCUCACGAUUCUGUAGGCAAGAGGACUCGUAAUCGGAUUCCUAAAGAAGAGAGAAAGACACUGGUUGAAUCUUUUAUAAAGAAGCAUCAGAAACUAAACAAUGGGAGUUUUCCUUCACUUAGCCUCACACACAAGGAGGUUGGUGGAUCUUUCUACACUAUAAGGGAGAUUGUUAGAGAGAUUAUCCAAGAAAAUAGAGUCCUUGGUCCUGGUGACUUGCUACUUGAGGGAAAUGGCUCUGUGCAAGAUCAAAGUCUGUCAAGUUCAAUCCUGAUGGAUCCUGUGCCCCCUUUAUCUUUGUCCCCAAACGGAUUUCAUUCUGGGUCAUAUCAAAGUCUUGAUUUUUCUUCUGAGUCACCUGAGGGAAACGUUAACGGUAGCCAGGUUUGCUUGGAUAAUUGCAGGGAAGUGAGUGGAAGUCAACUUUUGAAAGAAGACAUUGGGCUCGUACACCAGUCAAUGGACUCCACUGACAUAUCUAUGACUCAGCUUGCAACAUCUUGCAGUGAAGACAAUGAUAUCAAGAGUAAUGCAGGGCUACAAAAUAGAAUGGAGACAGUGUGCGAUAGCGUUGACACCAAACCACAGGAUAAAAGACUCGAUGUGGAUAACAAAGACGAAGGAUUUGAGGAACUUCGUUUCAUGGAAUCAGACGGCACAAAGCCUGUUAACAAUGACGAUAGAGUGAAUGAUGCAGGAGCAGCAAUGACCGAAAUUAAGAACGGAUUAGGCACAAUUGAUAUGUCAGCAGAAACAGUUGUUGAGACGUUUCCAUUAAAAUCUGUGACUUCAACGAUGGACUCACCGGAUGCACAACCUACUGAGUUGAACAAAGUUUGUGAGGGUGGGAAAGGAACUGAAACGGAGGUGGAAGCUGAUCGCAGCACAGUAAAUCAUGUUGAUCUUGGGGAGAUUUCAUCAUCCACUUCAUCUGCUGUACUUGAAGACAUAGGGACGGAAGUCAUUGUUGGUCAAAUACCAAAUCAUAUUUCUGUCCCUAUGGAAAAGAAAGUUGGAGAGGAAAUUGUAAAUUCUGCUUCAGUAGAUGUUGAAUGUGCUGAUGCUAAAGAGACAGUUGUUGUGAAUGGUGUGAUUGGCAACGUCCAUGAGACAAAGGAAUUUAGUAAUGGAACUUUGACAGCUGAACAGAAAAUGCCAACAUCUAGCACUGAGUCGGGAAGUCGUAAGAACGACAGAGCAAAAGUGGACACUGUGAGUAGCUAUGCCGGGAAUGAAGUCGCAAGUGUAGAGAAGAAGGCAACCAUGGAAAAAGGGAAAAUUGAUGCUCCAGAUAGUUCCAGCUCUCAAAAAGAAAACAAUGCAACAUUAAACAGAAUUAAACCUGAAUCGUGGAAAGGGGAAUCUAAUAUGGGAAGACAAGAAACAAAUCCUCUCUUGGCAGUUCUGAAAUCUUUCGUGACAGCCUUUGUGAAGUUUUGGUCAGAGUAAUAAUUCAUUGUAGAGAUCCGUUGGUUAAACUUUUGUAGUUUUCAUUAGUGAGAGUUGGUAAGCUUAAUAUGGUUUGAAAUGUGCUGUACAAUUUUUGUGUUGAAUGUUUAGGUUACAUAUAAUGGUUUGAGUCAAAUAUAGUCCAAUCAGGGAUGAAACAUCAGAAUUCUGAUUAUCUUCUUGAACAUUUCAACGGAGAUGAUGGAUUUCAGUUGUAUGAAUUUAUCGAUUAUUGCUUGGAGAAUGAGAGAUUACUUCUCAUUGGUCAAAAAAAUGGUAAUUACCUG